AUGGGUGAAGGCGAUCAGCAGCAGCAACAAGUUGCAGCGAGCUCAUCUGCAUUAGCUGGGCAGUCGGCGACACAACAGAAUCCUGUGCAAUGUGCCAGCACAGGCAGUAAUACUAGCAGCAGCACAAAUACUAGUGAUAAUACGGGGUUUUAUGCUGGCAAUGAGCACACACGGUUUGGCGGAAAUUACAACAUUUUCGAAAGCUGCGAGCAGUCGCCCAGUAUCUUCCCGAGGUUCGCGCAGCAGCAGCAGCCAGUAAUGAGCUAUCCUACACCGCAGCAAUAUGGCCCAUAUUCAGCGAAAUAUGUUGCUGGCGAUGCGGUGGGUUAUUAUCCGCAACAACAGAUAUGUGCACAGCAACAAGCAUAUCCAAGUAAGUUUUGA